ACAAAGCCGAGCAAAAAGCGACAAAUAGAGGGCAAUUAACCCGCAGUCCAGCACGUACAGCUGCGCGAAGCCUGCUGUCGCAUCGUGACAUCUGUGCUUGCAAGCACAAAUACUCGAAGGCCGCAGCAUUUUAGUUGCUGUGAAGCCGAGCAGCCAAACUGCAAAAUAAACUAAGCGGCGCCGGGCAACCAUGGGCCUCACGAACGCCGAGCUCGGUUUAGUACUGACCACGGUCGCCGGCUCGGCCACGGCGCUGGGCGCCGCCGUCGUCUUCUCCGAGCGGCUCGUGCAGUUGGCCUCGAAGCCCUUCCUCGCCGGCGCGCUCGGCCUGUCGAGCGGCGUCAUGCUCUACGUGUCGUUUGUGGAGAUCUUCGUCAAGGCCUUGGACGGCUUCGCGGACAGCAGCGCGUUCGGCGACAGCGACGCUUACUUAAUGGCGACCGCGGCUCUUUUUGGGGGCAUGGGCUUCAUGUCCGGCCUCGACGCGCUCGUGCACUGGCUCGACCCGAACCGCUCGGCGCACCACGCGUCGGACCCGCGCAAGCACAUGGCGGACCCCGCCCCCGACCUCGCCCCGUGCUGCGAGCUCGACGACGGCGUCUUCGACGAGAUCGAGCGAAGGCGGGCCGCGGCCGCGGCCGGCGCGCCGGCCGCGGCCGACGAGCCCCCCAAGGCUGAUGAUACGACGAAGGAUAAAAGGUUGGAGUCCAUGGGCAUGAUGACGGCCCUAGCCAUCGGCAUCCACAACUUCCCGGAGGGCCUGGCCACUUUUGUGGCUACGCUCGACGACCCCGCAGUAGGAGCCUCCUUAGCCAUCGCCAUCGCGAUCCACAACAUCCCCGAAGGAUUAUGCGUGUCCAUCCCCAUCUACUUCGCGACGGGCGACCGCUGGAAGGCCUUCCGCUGGGCGCUGCUGAGUGGUGUCUCGGAGAUCGUCGGGGCACUCUUAGGAUGGGCUUUACUGAAGGACCACUUCGACAAUUUGCUCUAUGGCAUCGUCUUCGGCAUGGUCGCGGGCAUGAUGAUCAUGAUCUGUCUCAACGAACUGAUCCCGACGGCGCACCGGUACGACCCGCGGGACAGGGUCGUGACGAAGUCGAUCGUGGCGGGCAUGGCGGUCAUGGCGGCGUCGCUCUGCCUCUUCGUCUACGGCUGAUUAUUAGUCCCCCCCUUUGCUGUAAGAGAUGAGUCGUG